AUGAACGUUGAACGUGAAAGGGGUUGUUUGAAUUUUUUGGAAAUAUUUGCAAAAAUACGAGAAUUAAAUGAAUGCGAUAUAUUCUAUGACAAUUCAAAACCUGACAGACUUGAGUCGUCCAGAGAAUAUCUGGAUAGACUUAAAGGUUGUGGUUCGGGAUUGAAUUCGGAAUUAAUAUCGGUUCAAUUCAUGAUAAAUUGUCGUGAUGAAAAACUCAAAGCAAGAUUGUUAGAGGAAAAUACGACAGAUCGUAACAUUAUUUAUGAUAUUGUUGUCAAAUUUCAAUCAAUUGAGAUAACUAAUAAUAAGACCUGUGAGGAGAAAAAUUCAUGGAGAAGAGAUGAUGGAGCGGAAUGGCAAGGCAGUUUAGCAUGGAAGGAAAACAAACAUGAUAAUAAAAUAUGUGGUACCUCAAUGAGUAAUAGACCUGAUACUAUGAAAGCAGACGACUAUCAGGAAAUUAAGAUACAAGAAAGAACUCAAUCUUCCACAUUCACAGGUAAAAAGCUCAGUCGUUCCCGCACGUGCAAAGUUGUUCUUCGGGGCUCCUCAUUGGUGGAUUCUUGUAAAGUUGGGGAUGACGUCACUAUAAAUGGAGUGUUGCGUUUAAGAUACUAUUUCGACCCGCGGGCAGCGACAGAAUCUGGAAUAGAAAUGGAAACUGUUUUCGUGGCAAAUCAUGUGACCGUUGACAACGAAAUAUCGAAUGAAUUCACUCAUAGUUUGACUUACGCGCCCCUUCAAAUGAAAAAUGUUAUUGGGGGUCUGCAGUUACCUGAUCAAGCUGAAAAUGAAUUUAUCCAUUUUUGGAAAAUGAAUUCUGACACUCCUUUCAAAGCUCGCGAUUCUCUCUUAUCUGGCAUAUGUCCUCAUAUUUUUGGAGCUUACGCAAUCAAGUUGGCUUUAGCCCUCGUGUUAGCUGGUGGGAUAGAAAUCAAUAAUGCUCAUGUUAACGUUAAUCGCGUAAGAGGGCGGUGCCAUUGUUUGCUGAUUGGCGACGAAGGGACGGGAAAAUCGCAAUUCCUAAAAUUUGCUUCAAAAAUAUUACCUAGAUCUAUCUAUACGAAUGCCUUAAACGUUAGCCACGCUGGUUUAACCGUCACGGCGGUUCGAUCAUCCGAGUGUUCCCCACGUGAUUCUCUAAGUGGAGGUUGGGCUCUUGAAGCUGGGCUGUUAGUGCUAACCGACGGAGGCGGGGCUCUGUGCUUAGAAUCAAUCGACUCACUCAAAGGAUCAGAUCUGACGGCAUUGCAUGAAACUAUGGAACAGCAAACCAUUAGUGUGGCUAAAGCUGGUAUAGUAUGCAAACUGAGUUCGAAAUCGUCCAUCAUAGCUAGCAUAACUCCUGCUCAAAGAUACGAGUCCAAUCAAACCUUGACAAACAGCCUUGCUAUUUCCAAAGCUCUUUUGAGUCGAUUUGACUUAGUUUUCCUCUUGAAAGACAGGUGUUUUGAUGUCAGUUGGGAUACCUCUGUAGCGAAUCAUGUUUUAAAUGGAUAUUUAACUCCAUCAAAUACCUCGGAAGCUUGUGAAGCGUGGAGUUUAGAGAAAGUGCAAAAUUAUUUUCUAUACAUAAAAAACGCAAGGCCUGUGGUAACACAACAGAGCCAAUCCCUUUUAAGCAAAUACUAUUGUUUUCAUCGAAAGAGAGAAAAUGACACAAAAUUAAAUUCAUUUGGUUCAUCAAGGAGCACUAUAAGAAUGCUGGAGAGUUUGAUCAGAUUAUCUCAGGCCCACGCCAAAUUAAUGCUUCAUCAAAGGGUAGAAAUUGAAGACGCAAUAAGUGUGAUAGCCCUAAUGGAAUAUUCGUUGCAGUCUACUCUAAAGGAUACAAACCCCUACAAUUUAUCAGAUGCGAAUGAUGGGAACUAUUUAAUUCCUUUUCAUUAUUUUGAUGCCUUUCCAUCUGAUGCGGAUGAUCAUUACAAAAAUAUCAAAGAUAUUAUACUUUCCAAAAUUUGA